UUUUUUUUCGUUUUCAAAAGGCCAUCACGCAACCAGGUUACGAUCUCAACUGAAACAUGUACGAAACUUUACUUCUUGCUGGGGCGGUAACCCUUAUCGUUUUGUGGUUAAGUUUAAAGUUUUUUGCACAACGAAAAGUGCAAAACUUGCAAACUAAAUAUGUCUUCAUUACUGGAUGCGACUCGGGCUUCGGUCGUGAAACCGCCAUUCGUUUGGACAAGAUGGGAGUUCAUGUAUUGGCCGCCUGUUUAACGAAGCAAGGAGCACAAGAUUUGAAAUCGGUGACGAGCGACAAACUGAAAACAUUUCAAAUGGAUGUUACAGAUUCUCAGCAAAUUAAGGACGUAUUCAGACAAGUGAAGAACUUGCUGCCCUCGGGACAAGGCGUAUGGGGACUGGUGAACAAUGCUGGCAUUGCCAUAGCAGGACCAAUAGAAUGGACACCGCUGGAACAUAUGAAGCGCAGCGCAGACGUCAAUUUGUGGGGAAUGAUUGACGUCACUAAGACCUUUCUGCCGUUGAUUAAAAAGUCCCAGGGAAGAGUGGUUAAUAUGUCGAGUCUUGCAGGUCGUACCACGCUUUGUCUUUUUUCCGCUUAUUGCAUCUCCAAAUAUGGUGUAGAAGCCUUUUCAGAUGCCCUCAGACGUGAAAUGAGCCCGUGGGGAGUGUUGGUCAGCGUGUUAGAACCUGGGUUGUUUCAAACUAGCAUAGGAGACCAACUAACUGACUCAGUAACACAGUUUUGGAGUAAUCUGACACCCGAGGUGAAAGAAGAUUAUGAAGAUAAACGUAUUGGCGGAAUUGCCAUGGCAAAAGGAAUGCAGCUCUCGAUAGAAAAAGGUUCGUCACCGGACACUUACAAAGUUGUGGACGCGAUCGUGGCUGCUCUGACGUCACAGCGACCCCAGACACGUUAUGUGGUUGGCCUGGAUGGAAAAUUAAUGGUGUUCCUGUCAUAUUUACCAACGUUUAUUGCUGAUUACGUUUUACGUGUGAAACAGCACAAGUAAUUUAACCCAGGGUAGGGAGAACUGCCGUCUAAAGAACGGGGGUGCUAGACAAACCUUUUAAGAGUUGAAAACAUGGGUUUGGUAUCUCUUAGGGUAUUCAACCUCAAAAGGUCCACAGCGGGAGUUUUUCGGUACCUUUUAGCCUUGCAUACGGCGGCUGCGCCCGCAGUACGAACGGUAUGCAGUCAAAAGUCAAAACUGAGCUGUCCUACUGAAACGACUCGAUAAUAGUCGUUUUUCGCAGCUAACAUAAAUAAAGACAACGCUAAAGUUUCUUCAGCCUCUUCUAAUAGUUAUCUUGAGAAUUCCAGGUUUAAUUUGACGAGGAACAGCAUAUUUAGUUCAGAAUAAUACAACUAAUAUCUUACCUGGCGACACUCAACGAACUACGGGCGAGUUCCCAGCGAGUUGCCGGAGCCAAUUAGACGCUUGGAGAAACAAAAUGUUUCUAUUUUUUCACUUUUUGCUGUCUGAUGUGGUUUUUGAAAUUGUAAAUCCCAUUUCGUGAAUACUUAAUGCCAUCUUCAGCGAGAAAAGUUGACUGAUGGUUAACAUACAUUGACUUCAGGACAGUAACGUUUUUUUCCGCCUGCUGAAUCCUGAUUAGUCAAUUCAAAUUUCAGUCGCGACAGCCGUAUGCAAGGAGAGUAUUGAGUUUAAAAAGUACGACAGGAGAUAAUGUGCUUUUUUCAGAAUUGUCACCUCUUAGGGGUGAAAAACAUUUCAAGCCACGCCCACAAAACAGGAUGUCGGUACCUUAGGACUCUUAGGGGUUUUUUUUUAAUUUCCGACGAGCACCCACUUCCUUUUUAUAUGGGAGUUCCUUCCCC